CGCGCGCCACAACAAAAGCAGCCACAGCGCCGAGCCAGCCAGUCGGGAGCGUUAGCGAACACACGUGUAAAUGUGGUUACCGCAUUGGGCUGUUGCUUGUUUUGCCACAGGCAGACAGAAGCAGGGCGGUGGAAAGAGGAUAAGCCGCGAAACAUUUUCGGUGGUGUCUCCCCCACCUUUUUGUCUUUGAGGUUCUUCUUUGCUUCUGUGUUACGGAUAUUUGAGAGGGACAGCUGUGGAUUUGGAUAUUGUGAGCUUGUGAGCUUGCUGGAUUUUUUGAACUGGGCAUUCAUUCGUUGGUAGAGAGAGAGCUCCGAGGUAUCUCCGACGUAUAGACUGGGAGUGACGACAGCUGGACGACGGAGCUUGGGAGACGACAAAGAAGCUUGGCAGCGAGUCAUCCAGGUUCUGCACAUAUCGAUUGCAUAUACCAAUUGCACAUAUCAACACACAUACAUUACACCUGAAGCUCUAUCGACAGCCCAGCCAGCUCUACCGACAGCCCAGCCAGCUCUAUCGACAGCCCAGCCAGCUCUACAGCUCCCAACCAGCUCAGCCAAACACCUCCAAAACCACACCACGUCACCCACAACCACCACGCAAAAUGUCGACCCAACCACUCCUCCAAUCCGCCCCGGGCAAACGCAUCGCCCUCCCCACGCGCAUCGAGCCCAAAGUCUUCUUCGCCAACGAGCGCACCUUCCUCUCCUGGCUGAACUCUACCAUCAUCCUGGGCGCCCUCGCCCUGGGCAUGUUGAACUUUGGCGACCGCCCCGCCUUCAUCUCCGCGUUCUUGUUCACGGGGAUUUCUAUCGCUACUAUGAUUUAUGCGUUGAUUACGUAUCAUUGGAGGGCACGGAGCAUUAGGAGGAGGGGACAGGCGGGGUUUGAUGAUCGGUUUGGACCGAGUGUGUUGGCGGUGGUGCUGGUGGUGGCGGUGGGGGUGAAUUUUGUGUUGAGGAUUGGGUAUGGCGGGAAGAAGGAUGGGAAGAACUGAAGAUGAGGAAGAGGGAGUGAUGGUGGGGGAAGGGGGUAGAUAUGAAGGGUCUACGGUUGUACAUAGAUGACGCGGUGGGUGGUAUACAAACGAGCGGGGCGUACAGAGUGUGACACGGCGAUACAGCGGCGGAUGUGGCGACACGAACGGGGAGAUGGGCGGGUGUACAGACUGUGCUGCGGCGUUGUUAGACGCCGCGUGCCGCGUGGGUGUGCAGGGUGGUGUAGGGGGGAGGGAGGGGAGGAUUUUCAGUCAUGUCGAUGUUGUGUUGGCGUAUGGUACGGGGGGGUAAUAUAACUUAGGCAUGGAUGGAUGGGUGGGUGGAUGGGUUGGUAGAUGGUAUGGCGAAAUAAAUUGAAUAUGCGGGUGACAAUCAAUGGUCUUGGUGAAGGUUUUAUGGGUGGUUUGUGAGUGAAUUGGUUGCUACGGGCUUAACAAUGUCUUCGUUUGUGAUCUAUGCUUUCUGUGAACUGCUCGCUACAGACUGGAUUGCGCAGGUGCAAGGUGAUGGGGGUAUUGGGCUCUGUGACGAUGUAUAUAUCCUCCCCCGCUGUUGUGUAUCCAUAUUAUACCCUCCCUCUCAGUACCAUAUUAUAUCCUCCCUUAGUAUCCGUCUGUGUGCUGCGUAUAUCCUCUGGGGAUGCAGUACAUCCAUAUAAUUCUUCUUUCGGAGUCCAUCUGCUCUCCGCUCUCCUCUUCUCAUCCGGAUAAUCACAUCUCCUAUAUAUAUUUCCACUCCACUCUUCUCCCAGGUCGCCAUCAAAUCACCUCUUCGAAUUUGUCUGCUCCCUACACCCAAGCAAGUCAGCACAUAUCUUUCUCUCUCUCUCCCCCAUCCACCCCGACCAAAAAAAAAGAAAAGGGUAAAAAAACAAAAAAAAAACCCCACCCAUAAGCCUCCCUCAACGCCUCAAUCCUAACCCUCGACAAAUAAACCGUCAUAACAGGCACACUUCUCAGCUUCUCCGUCCCCUCAAUCGCCCUCUCAACCCUCGUCUUCAUCAUCUCAAAUCCCUCAUCCUCCUCCAUUUCCACA